UUCGAUAAAACUGCCACAGGUGCAGCUUUUCGCCAUUGACCUAUGCACAAAUAAUUCCAAUUUUGACAAUGUUCCACCACUUGGAUUUUCAUGGACUUUUGGUAUGUGAUAUGGGAAGGUUUCAUGAACUGAAUACAACAAAAAUAAUUUCUGUUGCAAUUAGUUUUGGGUUGGGUGAUUUUUUCUCACAGAUUGCCUGGACUAUAUUUUUAAAACUGAACUAGACAUUCUCUGACUGAACCAACCAACGGUAGACUUCAGUUGGAAAAAGUGACGCGCUUUAGAAGGUCCUCUAAAGAGGAAUCUACGUAGCAACUAAGCAGAGUUAACGUUAGCUGUGAGUUUGGAGUUUUUCCAAAUAAGAAGAAAAUCCGACUUUUAGGAAGUGUAGCAAGCGCCACACUUGCAUUUUAACUCCCAUGCUGUCGGUGAAUUCAAACAUGGUUCAUUUUUGGAACAGAUUUUCAUUUAAGGAUUAUUUGGUUCUUGCCAUUUUAUUGAAUGGAAUUCAUACCGUGUGUGCUGAAUCAAAUGAACAAGAUCAGAAUUUUAUUCAGUGUUUUAAUGAUACUGGAACUGGCAGAUAUCGACUAUACUUGGGUUUAGAAGAUUUGGUAAUGGAUUGCAUGUUGGCCACUAAUGCAGGAUCAAGUCGGCAGUCUACAUACCAGCUUAAACUGUAUGCUGCAGCUGGGUUGCUACCCAAGAUCGAGAUCUACAAUCGCACCAAUGUCUUAUCCUUUACAUUUGAAUUAAACAUAAAUACAACCAAAUGGCGUGCCACUGUGCCAAGACGCAACAUAACUAUCAUGACAGAGAUCGCCCCUGUGGACCAGUGGUAUUUUGAGAUUAGCAUGUUCCAAGGCUUUGAAGCGUUACAUGCAAAAGCUAAGCUGCUUGAGACGCUGAAGGGAACACUGCUAGAUGUGGCCCGAGAGCCAAUUCUUCAGUGGACCAUCGGCGAAGAGGUGUCACCGCAGGUCAUCAUACCACAUGAGCAUCGAAUCACCAAAGUACAGGUCACCCAGAGUCCAUGUGCCAAUGAUGUGGCUGUAAUGGCACCCGUUUUCGAACCAGGAGGUCGCACAGGAGUCAUUCUUAGUGUUACCAAUUCAGCAUUCACAUCCAGCGGCAGAUGGUUCAACGUUACCAAAACUUUGUGUGAUUUGAUCAAUGAUUUGUCGGGAUGCGUGGGCAUAUCCCUUGUGGACUUGAAGCUGACCAACUGUUACUUGUUCCUGCUGACCAAUAGGGGACUCUUCAUCAGCCAAGACCUGCUGUCUUCAGCUACAGAGCCUCUAAAAUUCUCAUUGCUGGUCCUCCCAGUUCUGGCACAGAUGGACUACGCCUCAACAACCCUUUGGUUCUCACCCCAGUGUGUCACCAACCGCUUAUACUUUGCUGAUGACUUCGUAAGCCUGGUCUCAAAUAAGGGAGAGGGGGGCCAGCUGCAAUCGAGGUGUGUAUAUAGUGGCUACCCCUUCACUCAGUGGUAUGUCUGCAAGGCCUCUGCUGUGGAACGGUGCAAGAAAAUCACCCAUCGCUACCUGUCCUUUCUGCAUGACCCAUAUCAGCAUACUGGACUGCUGCUGUCACAUUCAGAGGAGGAGGGGGCCAUGUUGUCUGUAUUUAAUCUUCAGAAGGAUGGCCUGAAGGACCUGACCAAGUUCUCUCCUGCCAAGAUGCUAUUUAAACCAAAGGGGAUCUUCCUUAAAGACAACCAUGUCAUCCUCUAUGGCUCUGAGGUGUGGUCAUCCUCAGACCGAGGCUUUAGCUUUACAAAAAUCUUGAACAUGGACGACGACAUCAUAAUGGAUGUGCUGAGCUGCACCUACAACAGUAUAGUGGUGAUGCUGAGCGAUAAGGGCACCAUUUUCCUCAUGAAAGCAGAUAUGGUGAAAUAUGCCUGGUUGAACGAGUACCUAGACCGGCAGACCUUUCUGCUAUGCGAUCACAUGGGACUCCUAAUGGCUGUCAAGCUGGAUUCCACUCAACACAGCAGCCUGAGUUACAGGAUCAUCUCCAUCAACCAACUAAUCCAGAUGAAUGAUAUGGGCUUUGACAGACCAAUUGUCAUUCAGUACACCAGGCCCUCAUCAGUCUUACUGCACGAGUAUGGCUAUGGCCAGCCAUCUCUGUUUUCUCCUAGCCACGUGGGCAAAAUCUUCAGCCUCAGUUCGGGGGGGAAAGUGGUCAUCACAUCAGUAUUCCGGAAGCACUUCAUCACUGGUUACGUUGCUGUCGCUGAAGGAGAAGUCAUUGAACAACUCCGAGCUCCCAGUGUAUAUGCUGAGCCUCUGCAGAGUACUGAUUUAGUCAUUCGGAAUCAAAAAGACUUAUUGGUCAUGAUGUGGUCAAGCGAUGCUAACAUGAAGUUUGGCAUUCAGCACGUGGGAUUGUCAGUGGUGUGCCCCGGAAAGACCAGCUUCGUCAUCCUGCAGGUAUACCAAGACGGCACUGCGCUUGCAGGGAUGUGCAUGCCCGUUCUGCACCACUACAACAUCCUGAAGGCUCAAACCUGGCUGUUCUUCAACGCGAGUCGCAUGGGCAGCUGGUCCUUGCACGAGGGGCCAUGCCGCCAUGAGCUGCAGUCACUGGACAACCUGCGUCGGAACUCGCUUGUGCGCAUCAACGUGCAUGAGACACUCAGAUUCACCUUCAAGGCCUUCAUGUCGGACUACUCUUUCUCCAUGACCCGCAGUAAGAAGCUCAUGAAGGUGAUCCUGACCAACCCCAGUGCCAUGAGGGUGAAUGCCCGACACUACUGGGACAAGACCAACAACCACAUGCUCAACCUCACCAUCUACAGCCACCUCUGCAAGAAGGCCAUGACCAUGGUGACGGUGUUUAUUCCGGAAUGUGUGCAGGCCAUGACCAUGGUGACAGUGUUCAUUACGGAAGCGUCUCUGCUCUGUGACUCGCCCAGCUUCACGUUCACUCUGCAGAAUGCCUGUCCUGAGGGCCUCAGCAUCGUCUACCUGCCCAGCCAGCCCAUCAGUGACUAUGAGUGGAUCCAUGCAGACCCGGAGGACGACUUCGACAACAAGAUGCUCUUCGACCUGCCUGUGAAUUACAGGCCUCCGUCCCAGCUGGGUGUAUUGAUUCCGACCUCGGAGAACAUCUACAACGCAGAUCCCAACCAGCGCUUCCCACGCCAGCACUACCCUGAGUCCAAGACCUCUGGCCAAUUUAAACAGUGUGCUGGAAAGAAAUCUGCGGAGGAGUGUGGCUGCACUGAUGCCCUCAGGGUCUCUCCCCUUGCCAUCAACUCUGACUGCAGGAAGAGGGUGCUGAGGAAGACAUAUCCUCUGACCAACUUCAACAUCACACUGUACCUCAGACGCACCAACCGGCCUAACCAACCACUGCGUUCCCCAUAUUUUGUCACGGUGACGGAGGUCAACAACCGAACCAACUGGGCUGUCACAGGGACCCACAUCACCCCGACUCUGGUUAAGAUGAGGCAGUACUUGAAGAGUACUCUCAAUAAAACAUUCUACAACUCUGAGGGUCUGCAGAUCAGCUGUUAUGGCUCAGAACUCUUUCACUUCCGCAUCGCCGUCAUACCGGGAGUCGUGCUCUGUGACCUGGUGGAGGAGGUACAGAUCUACGUGGACAAAGCGCCCUUGGCCUUCCCCGCAGCAUACCUCAUCAGCUGCAUGACGGCCAUUGCACUGGGCGGCUUCCUGCUGCUUGGCUUCCUGCUCCGCAACAGCACUCCACCAACCGCCAACAGCAUAAAGGCUUUCUUGACCACAGACAGGGCCAAGGUGGCCCCAGCAGAGACUGAGGACUAGAAUGCACGUCGCUGGGGACUAGAAUGCACGUCGCUGAGGACUAGAAUGCACGUCGCUGGGGACUAGAAUGCAGGAGCCUCCCUCCCUGAUUACAUUUUGUAUGAUUAAUGUGGUUACAUGUUCAUAUGUACUUUCAAGUUCAGGUCAGUAAGUCUGUAUACUUCACGUUUUGGGUUCCUGCUGAAGUUUUAGUGUUUUUGUACCAAUUAAUUUCAUGUGUCUGAAAUCAUACUGGAAAGAAAUGUCAACGACUCUCAUCACGGUUUGACAUACUGUAUGCACUAGUAAAGUUGCUUUGAUGGAAAGAGGCUGUUGAAGCCAAAUAAAUUAUUCUGCUCUUUUAAA